GCGAGCAUCAUAUGACACUCUGGGAGGCAGUCCAGAGCCAUCCUAUGGCUUGCUUUUGGGCGUUCGUCUUCUGCUUCACCAUUGUCAUGGAAUCCUUCGACAUGUUUCUGAACGGAAACUUUGUCGCGCUUACGGCUUUCAAGGAGAAGUACGGCGUUAUCGUUGAAGGAUCUGCCGGCAAAGCCAUCCCUACCAAAUGGCAGAGUGCCCUUUUCCAAGCCGGUCAAUGCGGAGCCUUUGUUGGUGUCUUCUUGGCUGGCCCGAUCACGAACCGUCUCGGAUAUCGAUGGACUACACUACUGGCCCUAGUUCUCAUGAACGCCACAAUCUUCAUCUCCUUCUUUGCCGAUUCACUCGAGGUCCUUGUGGUUGGUCAGGCGUUUGAAGGUGUCCCUUGGGGACUAUUCAUUGCCAACUCCCCUGCCUACGCCAGUGAGGUUGUGCCUCUUGUCCUUCGUGGUGCCUGCACAGCUACCCUCCAAUUGAGUUGGUCCAUCGGAAGUAUCAUUGUUGCCGGCGCCACCUACAGCUACAACAAGCGCAAUGACGAGUGGGCCUGGCGAGGACCUCUUGCCUUGCAGUGGGUUUUCCCCAUCCCACUCAUGGCACUUAUCUUCUUCGCUCCUGAAUCCCCUUGGUGGCUCAUUCGCCGCGGACGUAGGGACCAAGCUCUCCGCUCUAUCAAGCGCCUCGGUCACAAGAAUGGCACCCAGGCGGACGCUGAGGAAACACUUGCCAUGAUGGAACGAACCGUUAAGAUCGAAGCCCAUCUAGGAGGCGAGCCUUCCCUUCUCGACCUCUUCAAGGGCACCGAUCUGAGGCGAACAAUGAUCACCUGCUUGAUCUACGCGUCCCAGAACUUUGCCGGUAACUUGAUUGCCAACCAGGCAACAUUCUUCUUCGAGCAGGCUGGAAUGUCGACCGAAUUCUCUUUCAAGCUUAACUUGAUCAACUCGUGCCUCCAACUCGUUGCCAACAUGCUCUCCUGGCCGCUCAGCGCCUGGUUCGGCCGUCGCACCAUUUAUCUCUGGGGUACCGCUACCAACGUUACUCUGCUCUUUAUACUCGGUAUCUGCGCUUCUAUCCCACAAACUGUGUCGACAAACUACGCCCAGGCCUGCUUGGGUAUAGUCAUCUCCUUCGUCUUCGCCGGCUCCCUCGGACCGAUCUCAUACUCCAUCAUCGCCGAGACAUCCUCCGUCCGUCUUCGCGCUUUGAGCACUGGUGUUGGUCGUGCUGCCUACUACGUCGCCGAGAUCCCCAUGAUCUACCUGGCCUCGCAAAUGCUCAACCCGACUGGAUGGAACAUGGCCGGCAAGUGUGGUUACGUCUGGGGAGGUACCGCUUGCGUUUGCUUCGUCUCGGCCUACUUCUUCCUCCCUGAACUCAAGGACCGCUCUUACCGCGAACUCGACAUCUUGUUCAACCGUAAGAUUCCUGCGAGGCAGUUCAAGUCGACUGUCAUCGACGUCCGGGAUAACGAGUAAGCCUUAGUAUUUGAAGGAGGCUUGAAUUGAUAGAAGAAAUUCAGUUUAGAAGCAUAAUGAGGUUGAGAAGCAGAGCUGGAUUGAAAGACAGAAUAAGAUACCCUGA